AUGAGCAAAACACAUCCGCCAGAGUUGAAGAAGUAUAUGGAUAAGGAGAUGGACUUGAAGCUCAAUGGGAAUCGUCGUGUAUCAGGUGUUCUUAGAGGUUUCGAUCCUUUCAUAAACAUGGUUAUCGGGGACGCUAUUGAAUACCCAAAAAACGGUGAUCCUGUGUCUCUUGGAAUGGUAGUAAUUCGCGGAAAUUCGGUCGUAAUCAUGGAACCGAAAGAGAGGAUUUCCUGA